GUAAUAUAAAAAACGUGGCAUCCGAUGCAUUUUGCUCUGGAAAACUCUUUCCAGUGAUAGUAUAGUAAGCUUUAGAAGGACCAAGAACACACUUCUUUUCCGACGUGUCAUCAACCCCUCUCAGAAGCUCCAGAAGCUCCAGAAGCUCUAAGAAACUUCUCCAUCUGCCGGAACCAAAUCACCCAACGUACCCACAGCCUUCUUUAAAUUCCUAUCCUCUUGCUCUGUCUGUUGACACAAACAUCUUCAACAAAAAAAAAAAAAAAACAAACAAACAAACAAAAUUGAAUAGCAGCAAGCAAUGGCUUUGGCUCGUUUGGCUUUGAAAAAUCUGGAACAAAGGGUGCCGGCUUCUGCCUCUUUGCUGGGUAGUGGUGGUCUUCAGAAGCAGAGAUUUAGUGCGGCAGCUGGUGAGACACCAGAUCAUGGCAAAGAGGUUGCCGUUUCUGAAGGUCGGAAGAAGUCCAAGUUGUUCCCAAGGAGCCAACGCCGGUGGCGGCCUUGGAGGAGCGACGACCGCGGUAACUUUGUUCCUGCCCUUUAUGAGUUUUUUCCGUCGGGGCUUGGAAAUGCACUGAUGCAAGCGACGGAGAACAUAAACAGGCUGUUCGAGAACAUGAACAUAUCGCCGCCGACGGUCGGGUGGCGCGUGAAAGAGAAGGAAGGGUGCUACAUGUUGUGGUUUGAUGUGCCGGGGCUGGCGAAAGAGGACCUGAAGGUCACCGUCGACGACGGGGUUCUGACAAUAAAGGGAGAGCGGAAGGAGGAGAAGGAAGAAGGGUCGGAUGAAGAGUUGUGGUACGGAUACUACAACACAAGCCUGAUGCUGCCGGAUGAUGCCAAGGUGGAGGAGGUUAAGGCGGAGUUGAAGGACGGAGUGCUGAUUGUUACCAUUCCUAGAACUGAGAAGCCCAAGAAGGAUGUGAAGGAGGUCAAAGUCCAUUGAUCAUCCAUCUCAUCAUCAUCUCACCCUUAUCACCAAAUAUAUAUAUAUAUAUAUAUAUAUAUAUAUAUAUAGAUAUAUAUAUCAUGUGUGUUUGUGAAUGUGGAGGAUGGGAUGGAAUUAAGGAGGUUUCUUUGUUUUUCAUGAGAAUAUAAAAGAUGUUUAAUUAUCA